GGCGGCGUCGGGGAGCGGGCCUCGGGGCACGGGGGUCUCCGCCGGACCGACACCCACCCACCAUGGUGAAGAAGCGGAAAGGCCGCGUCCUCAUCGACUCGGACACGGAGGACAGCGCCAGCGACGAGAACCUCGACCAGGAGCUGCUGUCCCUGGCCAAGAGGAAGAGAAGUGAUUCCGAGGAGAAGGAGCAGCCCGUCAGCCAGCCCGCCGCCUCCUCGGACUCCGAGACCUCCGACAGCGAUGACGAGUGGACGGUCGGGGGCUCGAAGAACAAGAAGAAAGGAAGGGCGGGGAAGGCGGAGAAGAAAGGAGCCAUGAAGAAACAGCUGAACAAGGCCGCCUCGUCGGGCAGCUCGGACAAGGACAGCUCGGCGGAGAGCUCGGCCCCCGAGGAAGGGGAGGUGUCCGACUCCGACAGCAACAGCUCGUCCUCCAGCUCCGAUUCGGACUCCUCGUCCGAGGACGAGGAGUUCCACGAUGGCUACGGCGAGGACCUCAUGGGGGACGAGGAGGACCGCGCCCGGCUGGAGCAGAUGACGGAGAAGGAGCGCGAGCAGGAGCUGUUCAAUCGCAUCGAGAAGCGGGAGGUGCUCAAGAGGAGGUUCGAGAUCAAAAAGAAACUCAAAACGGCCAAGAAGAAAGAGAAGAAAGAAAAGAAGAAAAAGCAGGAGGAGGAGCAGGAGAAGAAGAAGCUCACCCAGAUCCAGGAGUCCCAGGUGAUGUCCCACAACAAGGAGCGUCGCUCCAAGCGGGAUGAGAAACUGGACAAGAAAUCUCAGGCCAUGGAGGAGCUGAAGGCGGAGCGGGAGAAGAGGAAGAACCGAACGGCCGAGCUGUUGGCCAAGAAGCAGCCCCUGAAAACCAGCGAGGUGUACUCGGACGACGAGGAGGAAGAGGAGGAGGACGACAAGUCCAGCGAGAAGAGCGAUCGCUCGUCGCGGUCCUCGUCCUCCGACGAGGAGGAAGAGAAAGAAGAGAUCCCGCCCAAAUCGCAGCCGGUGUCGCUGCCCGACGAGCUGAACCGGGUGCGGCUGUCGCGGCACAAGUUGGAGCGCUGGUGCCACAUGCCCUUCUUCUCCAAGACGGUCACCGGCUGCUUCGUGCGCAUCGGCAUCGGGAACCACAACAGCAAGCCUGUCUACCGGGUGGCCGAGAUCACCGGCGUGGUGGAGACGGCCAAGGUUUACCAGCUGGGCGGCACUCGGACGAACAAGGGGCUGCAGCUGCGGCACGGCAGCGACCAGCGGGUCUUCCGCCUGGAAUUCGUCUCCAACCAGGAGUUCACGGAGAGCGAGUUCAUGAAGUGGAAGGAAGCGAUGUUCUCCGCUGGCAUGCAGCUGCCCACCCUGGACGAGAUCAACAGGAAGGAGGUGUCCAUUAAAGAAGCCCUCAACUACAAGUUCAACGACCAGGACAUCGAAGAGAUCGUGAAAGAGAAGGAGCGGUUCCGGAAAGCCCCGCCCAACUAUGCCAUGAAAAAGACGCAGCUCCUGAAGGAGAAGGCCAUGGCGGAAGACUUGGGAGACCAGGACAAGGCCAAACAGAUUCAGGACCAGCUCAACGAGCUGGAGGAGAGAGCGGAAGCCCUCGACCGCCAGCGGACGAAGAACAUCUCCGCCAUCAGUUACAUCAACCAGCGGAACCGGGAGUGGAACAUCGUGGAGUCGGAGAAGGCGCUAGUGGCCGAGAGUCACAACAUGAGAAACCAACAGAUGGAUCCGUUCACCAGAAGGCAGUGCAAGCCGACCAUCGUCUCCAACUCCCGGGAUCCCGCGGUUCAGGCGGCCAUCCUGGCCCAGCUGAACGCCAAAUACGGCUCGGGCGCGCUGCCGGACGCGCCGAAGGAGAUGAGCAAGGGGCCGGGGAAAGACAAGGACGUGAACUCCAAGUCGGCCAGCGACCUCUCGGAAGACCUGUUCAAAGUGCACGACUUCGACGUGAAGAUCGACUUGCAAGUCCCCAGCUCAGAGUCCAAGACGCUGGCCAUCACCUCCAAAGCCCCCCCCGCCAAGGACGGAGCCCCCCGCCGGUCUCUGAACUUGGAAGACUACAAGAAACGACGGGGGCUCAUCUGAGCACCCCCCGCCCCGUCCCCGCCGCCCCCGACCCUGCAUGCGCCAUCACAGCGUCC